AUGGCUGGAAUUCAUGAUGUAGACACCCUUACUUCUUUGGUGGCUCAAGUUUCCUCUAUUUCGAAUAUGCUCAAGACAAUGAACAUGGGGAUGAAUCAGUCAAUGGGGCAGCCUAUGGGGUCACAAAUGGGGAAAAUGGAAAACAUUUCUUGUGUGUAUUAUGGUGAAGGCCACACUUUUGACAUUUGUCCUUCCAAUCCUGCAGUUGUAUGCUAUAUGGGGAAUCAAAAUAAGAAUGAUCCUUAUUCUAAUUCCUACAAUCCAUCAUGGAGGCAACAUCCCAACUUUUCAUGGAGUAAUCAAGGGGUUGGCCCUAGCACUUCAUCUAUGCCUCCUAGACCCACUUUUCCAUCAGACUAUCCUCCACAAGCCCCACGAGAAAGGCCACAACAAGCAGUGCAAUCCAAUUCACUCGAGAACAUGUUGAAGGAGUACAUAGUGAAGAAUGAAGCCAUGAUCCAAAGUCAAGCAACAUCCUUGAGAAACCUAGAAACUCAAGUUGGGCAACUUGCUAAUGAGCUAAGGAAUAGACCUCAAGGUGCUUUACCAAGUGACACAAAGAAUUCAAGGAAUGUGGGUAAUGAACAUUGCAAGGCCGUGACUUUGAGAAGUGGAAAAGGGUUGGAAAAUUCCAAGAAAUCUGCUGGGCACAAGGGUGAGCCCUCUUCAAUUCAAAAUAAUGAGAAAGUAAGCGAAAAUGCUGAAAAUUCAAGGAAAUUAGCCUCUGCCCAGAAUGCGGCUGCAUCGGAACCAUCACAAAGUUCCCCAGAAAUCCAAAAGCUACCUUUUCCACAGAGAUUUCAGAAGCAGAAGCAAGAGAGCCAGUUCAAAAGGUUUCUUGACAUGUUGAAGCAGCUACAUAUCAAUAUUCCUCUUGUUGAAGUCCUAGAGCAAAUGCCCAAUUAUGUGAAGUUCAUGAAAUACAUUCUUACUAAGAAAAGACGGUUGGGAGAGUUUGAGAUUGUGGCCCUUACUCAGGAAUGUAGCUCCUUCUUGCAAAACAAGUUGCCUCUAAAGACGAAAAAUCCUGAAAGUUUUACCAUUCCAUGCACUAUUAGUAACUCCUAUUAUGGGAUGGCUUUAUGUGAUUUGGGUGCUAGUAUCAAUUUAAUGCCUAUGUCUGUGUUUAGACACUUAGGAAUUGGAAAGGUCAGGCCUACCACAGUUACUCUUCAGCUUGCAGACCAAUCUCUUGAUCAUCUUGAUGGGGAAAUUGAAGACGUGUUAGUGAAGGUUGACAAGUUUAUUUUUCCUGCUGACUUUAUUGUGUUGGAUUAUGAGGCGGACAGGGAGGUACCAAUUAUUUUGGGGCGACCUUUUCUUGCAACAGGUAGAACUUUGAUUGAUGUUCAGAAGGGUGAACUUACUAUGAGGGUCCAAGAUGAACAUGUGACUUUCAAUGUUUUCAAGGUUAUGCGAUUUCUAGAUGAAGUUGAGGAAUGUUCAGUUGUUUCAGUGGUGGACUCCUUAGCAUCAAAAGAGUUAGAAAAUAGUUGUCUUGAUGAUCCUUUAGAGAGGCUUUUGUUGUUUGAUUUACAAGCAAAUGAUGAGGAUGAGUAUUUGGCUAGGCUAGAAGCUAGUUCACAAGGAUUAUGCUCAAGAGGACAUUUUGAGUCUUUAGAGCUCUCUUCUAGAGCUUUCAAAGCCCCCAAGACCUUUAGUUGA